UUCUACUACUCGCCGCUAUUUUCCUUCCGCCUACUCUCUUCCUUUCUUUUUCUGCUUCACACUUGCGUCUCCACUCUGUUGUCUGUACAGUUCUGGGGACUGACAAAUCUCGCUCCUUUUCACAUUUUAUCCCCAAAAUUCUCCUCUCCAUUAUCUCCCUUCCCGUAAACCCCAGCUGCUUGCUGGUCUCAGCUUCUCACCACUCACCACUAACUGUUUUGUAUUCAUGGGUUUCACUACGUUCCACUACUCUGCUUCACUUCUUCUCCUUUCAGGUCUAGUGUUUCCACUGCUGGUGGCUUCAAUUGGGAUCAAUUAUGGCCAAAUCGCUAACAAUCUCCCGUCGCCGGAGAACGUUGUACCGCUAGUGAAAUCUAUCGGAGCCAAGAGGGUGAAGCUCUACGACGCGGAUCCUAAGGUGCUUCGCGCAUUUGCCAACUCCGGUGUGGAGUUCAUUGUAGGACUUGGAAACGAGUACUUGGCAAAAAUGGGAGAUCCCGACAAAGCUAAAGCCUGGGUUAAGCAAAAUGUGCAGGCCUACUUGCCGGCGACGAACAUCACCUGCAUCACCAUCGGCAACGAGGUGCUUACUUUCAACGACACUUCACUCAGCAACCACCUCCUCCCGGCGAUGCAGAGCGUGCAAGCCGCGCUCGUCGAUCUGGGUCUGAACAAUCAAGUAACUGUCACUACCCCUCAUUCUUUAGCUAUUUUGGAGAAGUCGUAUCCGCCGUCCGCGGGAGCUUUCCGGCGAGAUCUGGUGAACUGCUUGACUCCGAUCUUGAAUUUCCACGCCAAGACGGGAUCUCCAUUUCUCAUCAAUGCCUACCCUUUCUUCGCCUACAAGGCUAAUCCGAAGCAGGUUCCUCUGGACUUCGUGCUCUUCCAACCGAACCAAGGCAUCGUGGAUCCCGGCACGAAUCUCCGGUACGAGAAUAUGCUGUUCGCUCAGAUAGACGCCGUGCACUCGGCUUUGGCGGCGGUGGGCUACAAGAAACUAGCGAUUCAUAUAUCGGAGACAGGGUGGCCGUCGAAGGGAGACGAAGAUGAGGUCGGCGCGACUUGCGAAAACGCCAAGAAGUACAACGGAAACUUGAUGAAGGUCAUCGGAAAUAGCACCGGGACUCCCUUGAGACCCAACUGCGGUCUCAACAUUUACGUUUUCGCUUUGUUUAAUGAGAACAUGAAGCCCGGUCCUACCUCCGAGAGAAACUACGGCCUGUUCAAGCCCGACAGUACGCCGGCUUAUCCGCUGGGGUUUGCGCUUACCAAUGUCGGUCCCGGAAAGGCUAACGAAACUUCCGGCGGGAAUGAUGACGGUCCGCCGUCAGCUCCCAAGAGCUCUUCCAAUGGUUAUUUGUCCAUUUCCCCUGCCGCGAGGAGACGUGAAGUUAAAAGCGGUGUCGUGCUGUGUACGUUGUUGUGCGUUGUGAAGCUCCUCCUCCAAAGCUUGUAUUGAGUGGUGAGAUUUCUGUUUUCUAAAGGAAAGAAGAUGAAAUCAACUGUUAAAAGGGAGGAAUAAGAGGAAAGAUUGGGUAGUGGAAAAAGGAUGUUAGGAUUCCUUUGAAGAGUUGUGUAGAUCAGAGUGAUGGGAGUGUCAUUUUAUAGUUUUCUGGACAGAAUUUGUUUUUUUUUUUCCCUCGUUUCAUUGUUAUUAGAUGUAUUACUACGUCGACUAUUAAAAAUAUUCAGAAUUUUCCCAUAAGUAAAA